AUUGUCCCAAAGUGUACAUUUGACACUUGAAGCUAUACCAGCGUGAAGAUGUCGAAUAGAUGAUCGAUCACCGUUUCAAGUGAUUGUCGAUCCAUCGGGAAUGACGGGAUUCUGCUUAGGCGUCGAUUGACAGUCUCUAGCGGUCAUGGCGAAGAAGAGUGGGCCGGUAGCGCUGCAAACGGAAGUAACUAACGAUGCCGAAUGGGCGUUGAUACUCGAGCGAAAGGGGCUGGUUCUGGUCGACAUUUAUUCGGACUGGAGCGGUCCGUGCUCAGCGAUGGUGAGCAGCCUGAGAAAGAUCAAGCUAGAGUCUGGAGGCGACAUCUUGAGCUACGCGGUUGCGAGGAAUAACGACAUAACGGACCUCGAACGGUUCCGGGGGAAGAGCGAACCCGUUUGGAUGUUCAUUCAGAACGGUACGAUGGUGAACAUGAUGUUCGGUGCCCACUGUCCUAACCUUUCCCGGCUUUUGCUUGACGAGAUAAAACGAGUCCAGCAGGAAGAGGCGCCCAGGUUUGCACUCCCGGUUUCCGAACGUGGCCCCGAGGAGCAGAAGCGCUGGGAAAUUCUCGAGGAACAGAGGUUAGGCUCGUCUUUCGCCGCUUCCAUUCGUUGACACCUUUUUCCAACCAGACUGGCCAAGGAAAAGGCGAUCGCGGCUAAGGAGGACGCCGAA